AUGGAGGACAAAGCUGGAGAGCUACUAUGUGGAGGGUUUCAAGGUACCAAAGUCACAUCACAAGCCUACAAAUUAAUUGUCGAUCACAAAAUAUCAUCCAUGAUCUUGUCAAGGAAAAACGCCGUAAACGUAGAACAAAUGUCCAAGUUGAUCAAAGACCUACAAUACAUUGCAUACACGCAGGGGGGAUACAAGUACCCGAUCAUGUUUGCUAUUGAUCAGGAAGGUGGAAUAAUGAACUCCUUGUUUGAUCCCGACUUCAUCACCCAAUACCCCAGCGCAAUGGCCCUAGCAGCGACAGGUGACCCCAAAUUGGUUUACGAAAUUUCGAAAGCCAUAGCGAUAGAGCUUAAAAUGAUUGGGUUUAGUAUCAUAUUGGGGCCCGUAUUGGAUGUAGUGACAAAAUUAUCGCACCAACUAGUUGGAGUGAGGAGUUUCGGCACUACUAUUGAAGAUGUGCAAAAAUAUGGACUGAUGUGCGCCAGAGGGUUGCGAGAUGGAGGAUUGUUUACAGUGGGUAAACACUUUCCAGGGAUAGGGAAUGCAACCGUUGAUUCUUUACUUGAAUUGCCUAUGAUGGGCGACACCCUAAGUCAGAUUCGGCAGAAUAAUGCUGCACCAUUUGCAAACUUGAUCCAAGCUGGUUUGUUGAAUGGAGUGAGUGUAGCAGGCUGUGGAGUCCCCAAUAUCAGCCCCGACGAGACACAUGCGUGCUUAUCGCCGGUCAUCAUCAAUCAACUAUUGCGACUGGAGAUGGGGUUUGAUGGUGUUGUAAUCAGUGAAUGUUUGGAAAUGGAGGCAUUGUACCAUUCGAUAGGCUUGGGGCAAGGAGUGAUAUUAGCCAUCAAUGCAGGAUGUGACUUGGUUAUGGUAUGUCAUGACUUGAAACUACAGAACGAAGCCAUAGAGUCAAUUAAAAAGGGGAUUUUGAAUGGAAACUUGGAUGAGGAUACAAUCAUUUCAAGCUUUGCCAGGAUAGAGACUUUACAAAAGCAGCUACCUUUGUGGAAAGAAAUAUUUCCCGAGGGAAUAACGUCUGCCCAAGAAAGUCCAGUCUUGUUCAAGUACAAGUAUCCGGAUUCCUGGAAGCGACAUCAAGAAUUAGCGUCAUUGGCGUAUCAAAAAUCAAUCACCUUGGUUCGAGACUAUGGUGGAUUAUUACCGUUAUCAAAACGUUUCGACCAAGUUUCUGCAACCGAAUCAAUCUUAGUAUUGAGCCCUUUGUUGAGUCCAGUUUCACCAAAACCAUCACAAGCAGAAACUCUAUUCACGGGGGAAGAAGUUUUCCAAAGCUUUGGUAAAUUUUUGUCGCAGCAUCCCGUAAACAGAAACAAAAAUUAUGUUGUGCUACAUACCACAUAUACGGCGAACGGAUUAACGCCACUUCAUGAAUCAUUGAUUGAAAAGGCAAACAUUGUUAUUGUGUUUACCAGUGAAGCUUCUAGAAACAUGUACCAGAUAGGGAUUGUGAAAUAUGUUUCAAUUCUCUGCGGAGCCAACCCAUCGUCAUUUGGAGCGAAGCGGUCAAGGACAGUCAAUUCAUUGCAAAAGCCGUUGAUCGUGGUUGCCACACUGUCUCCAUACGAUUUCUUUUACGACAAGUUGAUGGGGAGUGUCUAUAUUUGUUGUUAUGACUAUACAAAGCAAGCUUUGGAGAAUGUUGCCGCGUUACUCAUGGGUGACUUUGAACCACAAGGAUGUAUACCAGGCGAGCAACAGCAUUCAAGAAAAAGAAGGCAUAGUCUUGAAGAGAUUAACUGCAAACAAAUCAAAAGAAAAUGGUUGGUCGAUGAGUUUGAUAUGGCAAGAGAUCUUGCAGGUCUAAUCAAAUUGUGGAAAGACGUCGAUGUUGAGGAGGCUGAUUCUAUUGACAUGCGAGACCAGCAAUAUUGUAAACGUUUAGGAGGGCUCUUGGCCACUUCCAACCAAAAACAUUUCGUUGUGCGGAAUUCAUCAUUGAACAUUCUCUAUGGAGUCGUGUUGACAUGGUGCGAGGGGGCUAUAGGACACGUACUUUACAUUGUUGUGGAGAAAUCGAAGCGAUUGCACAGCAUUGGAAAAAACUUGAGUGCUAGGGCCGAGCGAUACUUGACCAAGGAGAAGAAUUGUAGCGAAAUCAGGUUGGGCUCGGCUUUCCCUCUCAUUAUGUUCCCUGGAAACAUCACUAGUGGAAGCAGCAUCUUUUUAAAACGGCUCGGAUGGGAGACCGACAGAUCUCAAAGGAAAUGGAUUUUGGAGUUGAAUGACUUGAAUGGGUGGCUGGUGCCCGAACGCAUAUUGAAGGAGUUGAUGAUUGUGGGAGUGAGAUUUGACGUGUGCACGGGGCAAUCUCAAUUGGAAAAAUUGGUGCAAAGAGGAGACCUUCCACCAGAAUAUAAAGCGUAUUACAGAGAGGCAAGUAAGAGCAUCUCCUCAAGACUGGUUUACGAGGCGAAAAUAAUCAUUGCAUUGGAACCAAGCUCGCAGAAUGUGAUAGGAAGCAUAAUUCUCUUUACAAACAAGUCUGAGUUCUCCAAGUAUUUCCCCUUCAUUGACCAAUGCAUUGAUCACGAAGGACAAAAUGGGGGCGCCAGUGUGGUGCCAAUGAUAGGAGGGGUUAUUGCCCCCGUAAUUGACCAGCUGUAUGCCAAUUUGGUCGACAUUUUCAAGUACGGCUUGAUCUGCAGCGCAAUUACAAAGUUAAAGAACUCCGCAACCGACGACGAGUUACUAAAUCAAUGCAUAAUGUGCGACGUCGUUGACGAGGAAAAGACACUAACAAGUAUGCACGAUAUUGGGUUCGAGAAAUGGAGGUACUAUUACGAUUUUUAUGAUAGGAGGGCGUGCUAG